UUCAUCUCUCUCUCUCUCUUCCUUGAUGAUCAUUCUUGAAGUUAAACCCUCGAAUUGAUCAUUUCUGUUGCUUGAAAUGGACAGAAAUUCAAUCCCACAAGGUCUCACUCCAGAUGAAUUCUCUGACCUAAAACCCUUAAUUAAUGCCUACCACAUGUUCGACAAAAUGCCAAACACAUGCACCUCCCUCGUCACGCAGCGCAUCGACGCCCCCGCCCACGUGGUCUGGCCUUUGGUUCGCCGAUUUGAUAACCCACAAAGGUACAAGCAUUUCAUCAAGAGUUGCAGCAUGAUUGGUGACGGCGGCGUCGGGAGUAUCCGGGAAGUCACCGUCAUCUCCGGCCUACCAGCCUCCACCAGCACCGAGAGGCUCGAGAUUCUCGACGAUGAAAAGCACAUCUUGAGUUUUCGUGUCGUGGGUGGAGAGCAUCGGUUGAAUAAUUAUCUUUCUGUUACUUCUGUGAAUGAAUUCAAGAAAGACGAAAGGGUUUACACCAUUGUUUUGGAAUCUUACAUUGUUGAUAUACCAGAUGGGAAUACGGUGGAGGAUACCAAGAUGUUUACGGAUACAGUUGUGAAAUUGAAUCUUCAGAAGCUGGGUGUGGUGGCCAUGGCUUCUCUGCAUGGUAAUGGAUGAUUGUCAUCACGGCGGCGACGGUUGGCGGUAGCGGUGGUGGUGGGCCAGGUGAGGAUUCUACCACCCAAAAAAUCAAGAUUCUGAUGGGGUGGGUGUUGUAGGUUUAAUUAAUUAGUAAAGCCUUUUUGACUUCUUAAUUUCUUUAAUUGUUGAAUCAAAUAAAUUUGGGAGAUUUAGUAUUAGAAAUUAGUUUUUU